CUGCAAUACCAUUUGCAAUCAUUUAAAGCUGCAAGAAAAAUUGGAUCGAUGCUAUUCCCAUUAUUGGGGGUUACAAAAAAUCCAAAUACUUCAAAAUAUAUAAUAGUUUUAAAGUAUGCACAAUACGGUAAUCUCAGAGAUCACUUGCAGCAAAUCUCUUGUUGGAAAUGGGAAAAAAGACUUUUUGCUUUAUACCACAUUAUCUCCGGACUCGUGGGGGUCCACGAGUCCGGGCUUGUCCACAAAGAUUUACAUGGUGGCAAUAUUCUUCUUUAUGGAAUUUUGGAGGACUACUAUGUAGCAUUAGUUUCCGAUUUGGGGUUAGCCGUUCCAAGUCAUCAUAUGCCAAAAAAGAAGGAAUUGUACGGUGUCAUUCCUUAUACGGCUCCUGAAGUACUUCUUAGAAGUACUUCUUAUACUAAGUCAGCAGAUAUAUAUAGCAUCGCAAUUAUAAUGUGGGAGAUUGCAUCAGGUGAACCUGCAUUUGGGAAUGUGCCACAUAAUAUUGAUUUAUGUCUUAGCAUAAUAUCUGGGAGUCGACCAAAAGUUGGUAAUAUGCCACGGUGCUAUGCAUCAUUAAUGAAGAGAUGUUGGGACUUAGACCCGCUUCGGAGACCAACCGCUAAUGAAAUAAGAAACAUUAUUAGUGGCUG